AUGGCCAGCGGUGAACGAAGGCAUGGAAAGGAACCGGCGGUGGUGGCGGAGGACAACUUCCCGGAUGGGCUGCGCGUGCUCGCCGUCGACGACGACCCCGUCUGCCUAAGGGUCCUGGAGGCCGUCCUGCGCCAGUGCAACUACAAGCCAACGAUAGUGACGGAUGGAAGGACGGCGCUGAAGAUGCUGAGGGAGGAAGGCGAGGAGCAGUUCGACCUGGUGAUCACCGACGUGCACAUGCCGAACAUGGAUGGCUUCCAGCUCCUAGAGAUCAUCGGCCUCGAGAUGGAUCUGCCAGUCAUCAUGCUAUCUGUGAACGGAGAAAAGGCAACCGUGUACAAGGGGAUAAAGCAUGGGGCGUGUGACUAUAUUGUGAAACCAGUGAAUAUCAAGAAGAUCAGAAACAUAUGGCAGCAUGUUGUAAGGAAAAACCACGUCGCUGAUGAUGUUGAACAGAGGGUGGGGCAACCAGUGAUUGUUGAGGGUGGCGCAAAGAGUAAGAAGUGCUCAAAGAAGAAGAUGAAUGAUAGAGAAGGUUCUGAUGACAACAGAGAAAGCAGGAGUGUUCGGACCACCCGGAAUAAACCAAGGGUGUCAUGGACCGGUGAGCUGCACAACAGGUUCCUGGAAGUUGUCAACCAACUCGGCAUCGACAGGGCGGUUCCAAAGGCGAUAUUACAAAUGAUGAAUGUCCGUAACCUUAGUAGGGAGAGUGUUGCGAGCCAUUUACAGAAGUAUCGGCUCUAUCUGAAAAGAGUCAUCGAUGACCCCACCAAGCCUAAUCCUCUGGGUGAUUUGUUCGAGCGUAGGAACUCCUACAUGGCCAUGGGUCACCAGGUCCCGCUCCCGCCGUCAUCAGCCCUUUGUUCAUGUGGUUCACAAAAUCUUUGCGUAGGUCCUCCAUCAAUAUUAGGACCUCAAGGUCUUUCCGUUCAGACCAUGAACUGGGCCACGGACACAGUUGGCAAUUCUGGCCUCAUGCCUAACACAGGAAGCCGCCACGCUUCGGGUCCUCCGGCUGGCCCAUUGGAAAAGACAUCAGAUCACCCAAUGCAGGAUGCAUUUCCUCGUAUCCAGGGCCCUUCUCGUAUCCGUUCUCGCAAAGCCUACGAGAGCGUCCUGUGUGGGAAACUGUUGGAGGUGAACACAAGCGUGGUGCCUUCCUCCCAUCCUGGCAGCUCCUCCUUCCCAGCAGAAAUGCAAAAUGGUGGGUUGUUAGAACCUGCAAACCAGUUCCCGGUGCAGCCACCAGAACUGAUCGGCCAAUUCUCCGGUCCGAUGGGCAUGGCACCUUCUGCGCAUGGCGACGCCCAGUUCCAGAACCAUGCUGGGAACUGUAGCAAUCCAUGGCAGAAUGUGGCGCCAUCAAGUUUUGUUGGUCAUAUGGUUGGAGCGCCUCUCCUCGCAUCAUCACAGGUGAAUGUGAACCUCCCCCAGAUCAACCAGCAACUGACAAUCUUUGCGCCCUCAUCUGGCCAGAUGGCCAUGUUUCAGAAUGAGCAUCAGCUGAAUCAGAUGGCAGGGACCAACAUCAACACCACCACAUCAGUGGGUGUGUACAGUGAGCAGAUGACGCCAUUAUUCAACAUGGCAAGCAGCACAACCCCAAUGGAGAUGACCAAUGGCAACAUCUCACCGAUGACUCAGAUGAUGGUCAAUGGCGGAAGCACCAGCUCUCCAUCGCCUAACCUUCAGGCGGGCAACCCUGUCGCGCCGCCGGCUCAGAUGGUUAAUGGUGGUGGAAGCAGCAGCUUCGCAUUGCCUGGCCAUCUAGACAACUCUGUUGCGCCGCUGACUCAGAUGGUUAAUGGUGGUGGAAGCAGCAGCUCUGCAUUGCCUGGCCAUCUGGACAGCCCUGUUGCGCCGCAGACUCAGACGCUUAAUGGUGGGGAGAGUGCAUCUGGCGUUCUACCUAUGCAAGAUGACCCAGCUGAGCAGGAAGCUCCUGAUGAUCAGCCAACCUACACCACUACCAACUUUCUGGAGGAUAUUUUUGCCAGCAUGGCUAGUCAGGAUUUCAAUCCAGAUGCUACUUUGUUUGGUGAAGAAUAUUAGUCCCUUUGUUCGCCCCACCUGCACCAGAGAUGUCUCCGCAUUUUGUGCAGGCCAGAUGCUGAUCAUCAAGUCCAUGGUUCUUGCAAAUUGAAUGUGCGGAGUUGUGCAAAAAAACGCCGAAUUGUAGUAGGUAGUUAGAAGCGGUGUGGGCUUCUACUUUACUUCAGCCUUUGUUUUAAAUUGAUCCUCGUGUUUUAAGGAUCCUAUAAUAACUUUAUGUUCCCGACGUCGAAGAGGACGUGCGGAAUAAUUGGCUAUACGCAUCGUCGAUGCCGAGCCCCGGUUGUAAUAAGACUUCCAUUUUCUAGAAUGGAAAUAGUUUAUGUUAUGUCAUAUGGAACCAUUUUU